CUCAUCCACAUCCGCUUUCAAAUAUCUUUUGUUUUUGUUUGCGGCUAUUUAACUGUUGCAAUUUUCAGGUGUUUUUUUCAGGGUGUGGUGGUGUUUUUUUCUUGGAAUUUUUUAUUUGGAAUUUUGACUGCAUUUCUUCUCAACUCGACUCCUUUUUAAUCUUUCUUAUUAUUUGAACAAUGUCGUCGACAAUUCGUGGAAUUUGGCAUCAGAUAGCCCAGCAACCUCAAUCGUACGAGCGUAAGCAGUACUACACCUUUGGCAAGGUGCUGGGAGCGGGUACUUUCGGCGAAGUCAGAGAGGCCACUUUCAACCCAGAUGGCCGCCAGGUGGCCAUCAAGGUCAUCAAGAAGGCAGCAAUGACUACCGACGAGCAAAUGGUUUUGAAGGAAAUAGACAUUGUGCGCCACCUGAACCACCCCAACAUCGUAAAGCUCCUUGACUGGUUCGAGUCCAAGGACAAAUACUACCUGGUAUUCCAGCUGUGCACAGGCGGUGAGCUGUUUGAGAAACUCAGCGACUACGGCCACUUUACGGAAGAUGACGCCCGCAAGCUCAUCCGCUGCGCCAUUGAGUCCAUCGCCUACCUUCACAAGCACAACAUUGUUCAUCGAGACAUUAAGCCUGAGAACCUCAUUUUCUUAGACAAGUCGGAAAACGCUCCUCUUAUGUUGGCAGAUUUUGGAAUUGCCCGGAUUAUGCGCAGCAACGACGAAAUUCUCAAUACCAUGUGCGGGUCGUUCGGAUACGCGGCGCCGAGAUUCUUCUGCGACAUGGCCGUUGAUAUAUGGUCAAUGGGCGUGGUGACCUUCUCGGUUCUUUGCGCCCCGGCUCUGCUGACUGCCAUGCAAAGCGACAAUGUUGAGUUCCUCGAGCGCUUCUGGUGGGGCAUCUCGGAGCACGCCAAGGACUUUAUCCGCCAGUGCCUCAGAGCUAACCCCCAGAGCCGCAUAACAGCGGAGCAGGCCCUGAACCACCCAUGGCUAACUGGCAGCGACGUGUCCACGCGCAAUCUGCUUCCCGACGUGCUGGAGAACUUCAACGCAAAGGCCACGCUUCGCCGCGCUGUGGUCAAGCUUAGGGCUAUUAACCGCAUGAAGAGGCUGAGCAUGGGCUCAACGUCUAAGCAAUCUAGCAGCCAGUCGUCAUCGGAGAACGAGGCUGGUGAGGGCCAGAUGGAUGUGGAUACCGAGAAACCUGCUGCUUUUGCUGCUCCUGCUGUUGCUAUUUCCUCUGGUCCCGCUGCUGCAGUCAAGCCGGAGGUGCCAGAGCAAACGAUUCCGGGUGCUUGGACAGCAUAGUCAUUAGUUGCACCUUUAUAUCUGUGUUGACAAACAUACAGUUUUCUU